AUGAGGAGAAAGGGUGUGGGAAUAAUGAGCGGAGUGAUGAGUUGGAUGGUGGUGUCAGAGAGUGGCCAUGCACGCGUGGAAGAUGUUGGGAAACACUCCAUAAUGCGACGUACUGGGUUGCCCACACGUGACCUUAGGGUUCUCGAUCCACUUCUCUCUUAUCCCUCUUCGAUUUUAGGUCGUGAAAGAGCCAUUGUUGUUAACUUGGAACACGUCAAAGCCAUCAUCACUGCCUCCGAGAUCCUCAUCAUCAACUCCUCCAACCCUUCCUUUAUCGCCUUCCUUCAAGAUCUUCACACCCGUAUUAUUCAUCAAACAACCUCCACGAUCAGUAAUGACAUGGAUGGUGGUUGCCAAGUAGAACCUCUAGCUAAAGAUUCCUUAUCUGACAAUUCAGCUGAUCCAUUUUAUGUAAAACCGGAUAGCCCUAAGAUCACUCCAGAGAAUAUUGUGAAAGGAGCACCAGAUCCUACGCAAUUACCUUUUGAAUUUAGAGUACUUGAGGCGUGUAUUGAAUCUGCUUGCAGGUGCCUUGAAUCUGAGACUUUAACAUUGGAGUUAGAGGCUUACCCAGCUUUAGAUGAAUUGACCUCUCAAGUUAACGCACUCAAACUUGAACGUGUAAGACAGAUCAAGAGUCGUUUGGUUGCACUUUCCGGUCGUGUUCAGAAGGUAGCAGAUGAACUGGAAAAUUUGUUGGACGAUGAUAAUGACAUGGCUGACAUGUACUUGACACAAAAGCUCAAUGAUCGUUUAUUUGAUCAGACAUCAUUAAAAGAAGGGUACAAUUCCGAAGUUGAAGACAUUGAUAAAAGUGGUGAAUCAAAUUCAGAAAAGUACGAGAAAUUCACAAGCGCAAAACUUGAUGUUGAGGAAUUGGAGAUGCUUCUAGAAGCAUAUUUUGCGCAAACAAAUGGAAUCUUGCAAAGAUUGUCUACUCUGAGUGAGUACGUGGAUAACACAGAGGACUACAUCAACAUAAUGCUGGAUGACAAGCAAAAUGAGCUUCUGCAGGCAACAAUAAUAUUCAACACCCUAAACAUGAUAGCUAAUGCAGGUAUUGUGGUGGUGGGAUUGUUUGGCAUGAAUAUUAACAUUGAUCUCUUUGAGGGUCACCCUCGUCAAUUUUGGAUUACAACUUGGGGUACAUUUGGAGGAUGUAUUUUUCUAUUCCUUGUUUGCUUAUGGUGGUGGAAGAAAAGAUAUUUUCUCUCUCAAUAA